UUGAUGCAUGGCGUGCAUGGGAGCCGGGAAAAAUAACUUUCUUAUUCGAUUUAUUGCACAUUUUUCCAUGCCAGUUUCUUCUUUUCUCAACAAUGUCUUUCCAAAUACCCUGCUCUGAAAAUUGGGAUGAUGACGAUCAAUGUGUAGCACCUGUACAUGUCCCCAGGCCGCCAAUGAAUGGUUAUGACAGCGGGCAAAAUAGCAUACAAACUCAAGUUUUCCAAAACAGCUCGUCAGGUUUCGGUUUCGGUCGAGGACGAGGGUCGUGGGCCAAAGACUCUUCUGACAGUUUUAGGAGUGAUAGUUCAGGGGGUAGGGGUAGUCGUUCCAGGGGCGCUGGAAGGAGAAACGACAGUAAUGGCUUCAGGAACGAUUCUUCAAAUAGAUCCAAGGGCGAUAACUGGAGAUCGCAAAAUGAUGAUGCAGCGAGAGGAGGUGGUCGUGGAAACUUCGAGGACUCUGACAACGGCUUUGGUGGCGGGCGAGGGCGUGGUGGCUUUGGACGAGGAAGACAAGGGGAUUCAGGUUUUGGUGGCAACCGAAACAACUCGGGUGGAGGAGAUGGAAAUGCCACACGAAUUCAAGUGCCAAGUGGAAAAGUUGGAAAAAUCAUAGGAAAAGGUGGUUCAAAGAUACGAGAAUUAGAAGAAAGUAGUAGUGCCUCCAUAAAGGUAAAGAGCAGUGAAGCACAGGCUGAUGAAACGCCUGUAGAUAUAAGUGGAACAGAGGAACAAAUAGCAAAGGCUCAGGAACUUAUCAACGAACUUCUGGAGGACUCAAGUUAUCAAAGGAAGCCAAGGGAUGGCGGGUUUGGUGGUGGUAAUAGAGAUGGUGGGUUCAGUGGCAAUAGUGGAUUUGGUAAUAGUCGUCACAAUGACAAUGACAGCUUUCAUGGCAGUAAAAGAGAAGAGAAAACAGAAUCCACGUAUCAGCGUCCAAAGAUCAACUGGGCUGAAUUGUCUGCUCAAAAUGAAGUGUUUACUGCGGAGAGAUGGAAUAAUGCCAUGCCUAUGAUCAAGGACUUCUACCACGAGGACCCAGAAGUCGCGAAUAUGCAUCCAACACGGGUGGCUGAACUAAGAGCGGAGAUGAACAACAUAUCAGUCAAGGCUUACGAUGAAGGUUCCAAAACAAAAAUACCAAACAUACUCACAAGGUUUGAUCAAGCAUUUGUGAAUUAUCCUGAUAUCAUGGAUGAAAUAGAAAAGGCAGGGUUUACUCAACCGACACCAAUCCAGUGCCAAGCCUGGCCUAUCCUUCUCCAAGGCCUCGAUCUGAUUGGGAUUGCUCAAACUGGUACAGGGAAAACUCUUGCCUUUUUGCUGCCUGCCAUGAUUCACAUUGACAAUCAACCAGUGCCAAGAGAAGAACGAGGUGGUGCUAAUGUCCUUGUUUUGGCCCCUACCAGAGAGUUAGCUCUCCAGAUAGAGAGAGAAGUGAAGAAGUAUCAUUACAAGGGAAUCCGUAGUUGCUGUGUAUAUGGCGGUGGCAACAGACGCGAACAGAUCGCAGCGGUCGAAAGAGGUGUAGAGAUUAUUAUUGCGACACCAGGACGACUGAAUGACCUUGUAAUGAAUGAGGUUGUUGAUGUCAAGAGUAUAACAUACUUGGUGCUGGACGAAGCUGAUCGUAUGUUAGAUAUGGGUUUUGAGCCACAGAUCAUGAAAAUCAUGUUGGAUAUCCGACCAGAUCGACAGACAGUUAUGACAAGUGCGACUUGGCCAGAAGAUGUCCGGAGAUUGGCCAGGAGGUAUAUGAAAGAUCCAAUGAUGGUUUAUGUGGGAACACUCGACUUGGCUGCGUGCCACACUGUGACCCAAAUAGUAGAAGUGCUUCCAGAAGAGGACAAACGGGACCGAUUGUACUAUUUCAUUGAGAAUGAGAUGGCUCCAGAAGAAAAGGUUCUCAUCUUUGUUGGGAGAAAAACCACCGCUGAUGAUCUGUCCAGUGACUUCGCCUUGAAGGAUAUUGUUUGCCAGUGCAUCCAUGGUGGACGAGAACAGUAUGAUAGGGAACAGGCUCUCCAGGAUUUCAAGGACGGAACGGUGAAAAUACUCAUAGCAACAGAUGUGGCAUCCAGGGGUCUCGAUAUUGAAGAUAUCACAUAUGUGCUCAACUUCGACUUCCCACGUGAUAUGGAGGAGUAUGUACACAGAGUCGGACGAACAGGAAGGGCUGGAAAAUCGGGCAUCUCUCUUACGCUGGUCACAAGAGAAUCUUGGAGGAAUGCUCAGGCUCUUAUUGACAUUCUAGUUGAGGCGCAUCAGGAAGUUCCACCAGAGUUGGAGGAGAUGGCUGAAAGAUAUGAAAAGAUGAAGGAACGAAGGCGAUUGGAGGGUCGAGAUGAUGGACCACGUCGUGGAGGUCGUGGAGGCUGUGGUGGUGGCCGUAGUUAUGGAGGCGGUGGCGGUUUCGGAGGUGGCUUUGGGGGCGGAGGCAGGAGAGGUGAUCGUGACUCUGGAGUCAGCAAUUUCUUUGAUGGAAUUUGUUGAAUUGGGGCCAUAGAGAUACUGCAAUGACUGUGUUCAAUUUUGGAUCGAACUUAGCAGGAUUAAAUCAGUUUUUGGGGACUACAAUGUAGAAUGUAUGUAGUUCACUUUCUGUUUGAUCUGUUUACAUGUGAGUCUACACUUGCAAAGGAAAUGCCACUAGUUAUGAACUUCAUGUACUAAGGAGAGAAGCAGAACUUUGUGGAAUGUUUUUCACAUCAAUAGCAAUAACAUGCAGGCUUCACUCUCUGGUUAAAAUUUAUAGAAUACACUUAAUUAGGUCUUAAGGGCAUUGCUCUAUUAAAGAUUCAAGUGAUAAGUACAUUUCACAUUGUAUAUAAAAAAAGAAAUCCUGUGUUGAAUACUUUCUAGUCAAAGAUUUAAACAAAGGGAAGUCUUGAUCUGGUUAUCUUGCUUGUAUGACUCAUUAUCGUUACUGACGUCAAUAAGUAAAAAAUCACUCUGCAGCAAAAGGGUUGUUAACCAAGUUUGUCAUCGUAAAAUAUUUUGGCUCAAUACUUGCUUGUAGGUCAUGGAAAGUCUUCAAGAUAUUUAAUGUUAAGUCAACUCAUGGCUGGAAAAUGCUUCUAUUUUAUUCAAAUGAAUAAAGAAAUUUAUUUGCA